GCGAUCAGCAAGAUGCUUUACGAGGUCAUCGGCGUAGUUCGACCUCACAAGGGCAUCAGCGAGAUCAAAGAGAUCGUGCGAGCUGCUGGUCAUCUCAUCCUGAAAGAAGGUGGCGUGGUACGAGGAUUGACGAACUGGGGCACAUUCUAUCUACCAAAGCCUACACGACGGCAAGGCAUCACACACGCCGAAGGUCACUACUUCAUAUUACGAUUCGACUCCUCGCCGAAAACACAGCAUUCGGUGCGAAAGGUUUUGAAGCUGGAUCCCCGGAUGAUCAGAUUCAGUGUGGUUGGCAUGGGCAGUACGCUUGAGGAGAUCAAGAACAUUUCGGGACACGCAGACUUCAUGGGCAAGAAGGCACUCAGCGAUGAGUGAGCUUCUCAUGUUAUGAUCACAGAGUCGCCGGCAAGCAGUCGCGCAGACUUUGGGGCACACCCGAGCAUCGGCUGAGCAUUAGAUGAAAUCUCGGCAAUUUGUAUAAACACGGAACAGGCGUUCGGCGAUGUCACCUUGGGUUUCGUGCGAUAUUGUACACUAUGGCAGGGAAAAGAAAGCUAGAUGCGGGAAGUGUUGCAAAUGAGGACAGAGCACGUCUCGUGCGCAGUCAGAUCACCUGGCAAGGAACAGCUUUUGUACAUUCCCGUCAAAACGUCUGUCUCUAUCGCAGGCUCUCCAGCUCAGCUAUUCGAUAUAGAAAAAUAAGUUGCCAUCAAUUUACAGCUACAGCAUCCGUUCCGUUAAUGAUACUUUAGAUCAUCAGGAGAACCCAUUUG